GCUGGGAGUAUACUCUGAAAAUAGCAUUGUGAUCAAUUAUUGAGAAUUUACAAUCGACAAAUAUAAUCAACAGCCUAAGAAAUUGAUCAAACGGAAGAGAUGAAGAUGCUGAGUUGGUUCGGAAAAGGCAAGAAUUUGGCCGGAGGAGGAUACAGAAAGGAUAGGCCGCCGGAAGAUGACUGCUGCCCAAUUUGCUUCGAUGAUUUCCACGUUCCAUGCCGCACUAACUGCGGCCAUUGGUUUUGCGGCAGCUGUCUUGUUCGAUUUUCGAAGUUCAUGGCAAAUUUCCAACUGUGCAAGUGCCCUAUGUGUGAAUCCUGGAUAUAUAAUCUUGUUCCCUAUACACCAGUAAUGAUUCAGCCUGGAAGAGAAGAAGUUAGUGAAAUCCUCCGGGAGAUUGAGCAAUAUAAUCGUGAAAACGAGCUAGGAAGAGAGGUUGGUGAGUUACUCGGAGGGAUGAAGCAACAUGAUCGCCAACACAAGGUUGGGUUUAGCUUCUUCACGAAAUAUGGAGAUCUGAUUGAUCGCGUGGAUGUAGUGAUGGAUACUAUAUUUAGCACAAUACGGUUUAUUACUCUGCUGAUGCACAUUGUCCACACAAUAUAUGACCUCCGUUUGUGGCCAAAUGAAGGGAUUGAAUUCCGACUAGCUUACAUGCUGAGAUGUGCUCUGCUUCUACUUACUAUUUGGAUGAAUAGGCGAUGGUUGCGGGAUCGUUUGCCUCAAUAGAAUGGAGAUCGAGAAUGGAGAUCGAUAAUGGAUUUCGUUGUAGGAAAAUGUGUUUUUGUGAAAAUUCAAAUGCUUGUUGUGGAUGGUGAUUUUCUUUGUCUGGCUGCAACUCAUCAUUUGGACCUUUUUAGUCACUGAUUUCAUCAACAUAUCAAAUGCAAUAACCUAUCUUCUCAAA